AUGUCGCAGCUCUCAAUUUGGCAAGUACUUGUCAUGUAUUUUGGCUCAUUUUUUGGAUCGCAUGUCAUGAUUUCCGUCAUUAUUGUCUAUAUUCGAAGACAUUAUUUCUCUAAACGAUUUGAAGAUAUUUUGUUAUUUAAUCAUGCUCGACGAAUUUGGGAAGCCAACAAGCGAAAAUUUGAAAAGAAUGUUCAAGAGCAACCGAGAAAAAGCAUAGACAAGGCAAAACCACUUCAUAGAAGACUAUCCUUUAUGUCUGUCAGAUCAUUGCCUUAUGAUCAGCCUACCACAAGAAAAAAGAGUUUCUUUUCAACUCGACCAUUGUCUACUAACUUUGAUGUAAGAGGACUGAAAAGGAAACACAAUAGUCUAGAGAGAUCUUUAUCACAGCCUAAUAUCAAUACCGACGAUAACACUUUAUCCAGAGAGACGACUAGGGAGAAAUCGUUGGAUAGUCAAGAGCAUUCCAAGCCCCUGAAUCAUGGCAACAAUAGUCUGCAAUCACUUUCUAACACAACUGACACAGCACAGUCUACUGCUGAUACACGCCAUAUCAGUAUUCAAUUCCAUGAUGACCCAAAGAAUGCUACUAACCCUGGUGCUAGUUCAGGUGGCAAUCAAGGCAUUGCCUUUGCAGGUAAUAUUGAACGACAGAGAGAAAUUGCACGUCGUCGACUAGAACAAGGCAGACGAUUCGACGAUAUAUUGCGUAUUACUGGAGAUACAGACUCUGUCUCAAACUCAAUUUCUAUGGAUCAGACGAUUGCCAUGAACGAAAGUGAUGACGAAGAAAUGAAACGUAUCAUGAGAGAACCUGCUCAUAAAAGUGAAUUGACACGACAACAACGCUAUCGAUUAGGCGGUGCAGAAUACCGUGCGCUUGAAUUGCUUACAAUCAUUGUGCCUGCCUAUUACUUGUUUUUUAUCAUUAGCUUUGGGUUCUUUUUUCGGAUCUAUGUGGCUGCUUCUUCUUAUGCUCAACACGUAUUACAGACAUCGAAUGUGAGAGGACCUGUUAAUGCAUGGUUAUUUUCGUUCUUUUUGAGUAUUUCCGCAUUCAAUAAUCUAGGCUUAUCCAUGGUCGAUGCAAGCAUGGUUCCUUUUCAAUCUGCACCUUGCAUACUUAUACUCACCAUGGUUCUUAUCUUGGCUGGCAAUACAGCUUAUGCCAUCUUCUUGAGAUUACUGAUCUGGAUAGUGUAUAAGGUCACACCUAAAUCGUUUGUGAUUCAAAGAGAAGCACUUCGGUAUUUACUUGACCAUCCGCGUCGAUGCUAUACUACCUUGUUUCCUUCCACACAGACCAAAUGGCUAUUGAUUGUACUUGUGGGUAUUACUGCUGUUGAAUUCACUUGUUUUAUUGCCCUUAAUUAUUGGUUACCGGUACUUCAAGGAGUCGAUUGGGGAGCUCGUAUUUUAGAUGGCCUUUUUCAAUCUGUUGCCACUCGAAAUGCUGGGUUCAGUGUAGUAGACUUAAUGGCAUUGAAUCCGGGAACUCAAAUUGUGUUUAUUGUAGCCAUGUAUAUUAGUGUUUAUCCUGUUGCUAUUUCAAUGAGAAACAGUAACGUGUACCAGGAACGUGCCCUUGGUAUCUAUAAGGGUCCUGACGAGGACAAUGAUGAAGGAGCAGACAUGACUAUGCAAAAUUAUGUCCAUCGACUGAAACGCUAUUCGACCGUAACAAGCAUUGUCACGAACUCCAAAAAAGUGCUUCGUGGGCCUGAUUUCUUUGUCAUGACGCAAAUCCAACGACAAUUGACAAGUGAAAUAUUCUGGGUGAUUUGUUGUAUCUUUGCGAUUUGUGUGAUUGAGGCAGAGGCGAUUGUUUCUCCCUCGCCUAUCACGAUCUCUACUGUCAUUUAUGAAUGCGUUUCUGCGUUUGGAAAUGUGGGUGCGUCUACGGGAUAUCCGAAUACAACGGCUUCUCAAGCACAACAAUACCAUACACUAAGUAAACUUGUGUUGAUUCUCUUGAUGUAUAGGGGAAGACAUCGAGGACUUCCUGCUGCUAUUGAUCGAGCAGUUUUACUGCCUUCAGAACAACUAGAGCAAAAAGAGCAUGAAGAUCACAUGUUAAGAAGACGAAAUACAUCACUUUCAAUGAAUGAUGACCGGAAUAGAAAUGAACCCGUUAUGUUCUAUAAUAGAUCACGCACUUUAUAG